AUGGCUACCAACGCUACUAUACCGAAGCGACAUACAAGAAACCGUCUUGGCGAAAGAAGGGCAGCUAGAGAUCCCAGUAGUUCGAGAGAUGCAAGUGAGGAAGAUAACGACAAUAUCGAAAAUGAAUUUUCCGACGUGGGAUCAAUCAUUUCCACUCACGCUGAAACUGUUUCCAAUGCAUCUACCGCCGAUUCGCCGAGACUGCAAUCGUCUACUUCGCCAUUACAUGUGGCCGCUUCCGGGAUCACAGCUGCUACUGGGUCCAAUGCAUCUCAUCAACUCACAAAAAAAGCACUGCAGCAACAGAGGGUAAAGGAGUUGAAUGAAGGUAGUAUGAGUGAAGGACUUGAUUCUCCAACAUAUGACGGCGAUAUUGAAAGUUCAUCAACUAUCGGUGGUACACCUAUUCAUACAUCAAAUUUACACCAUCACAUGAGACAACCCACAUCUCCUUCAAAAGGCUUACAUGUUGACUUGCAUAGUACAAUGGGUACAUCUCCAGGUGGUACCAACAAACUACCUACACCUAAAGCUUCCAUGGCGAAUCUGAUUUUGGUGGAUUCACCCCCUUCAUCGCCGUCUGAAUAUUAUAAGUCACAUGAGAGACCUACCGAUGUGCCCGUUGCCCCUUCAACGGCACUAGCCGAGCCUAGGAGGUCGCAGACCUUACCUUUGUCUGCCAAGCCUUCUAUGUCAUCGAUGGGACCCCCUAAGAUGUUCACUAGACCUAAAGAAUUACCCGAGGAAGAUAUCAAGUCGUUUGUGGAAAAUGCCAUACAUGGCGAGGGAGCCAAAGAUGGAGUGGAAAGAUGGUGGAGAACAAAUGCUCCUCCAGAGGGAAAAGUAGUGAGGUUAUAUGCGGAUGGUGUAUAUGACUUAUUCCAUUUCGGACACGCACUCCAGCUACGUCAAGCAAAAUUAUCAUUUCCUCGAGUACAUCUCUUGGUAGGAGUGUGCUCUGAUGAUCUAUGUGCAUCUCACAAAUCGAAACCAGCAAUGACACAUGCCGAACGUUGCGAAGCUGUGAGACAUUGUAGAUGGGUUGAUGAAGUCGUACCUGAUGCGCCAUGGGUUGUGGAUCAAGCUUUUUUGGAUAAAUAUGAUAUUGAUUAUAUAGCUCAUGACGAGGAAGUAUAUCCUAGUAAAGACAUGGAGGACGUAUAUGCAUUCGCGAAGAAGAGUGGUCGAUUCGUUCCUACAAGGAGAACGCCAGCUAUUUCAACGUCUGAUUUGCUUGAAAGGAUAGUUCGUGGAUACAGAGAUGGUUUCUUUGAUUCAAAACUAGAGAAAAAUGGUCAUCCGGAAUUACUGGCUGCGGACGUGGAUUGGGAUUCAAGUGCUUCAGUCGAAAAGAGAGAAAGAAGGCUUCACGGUCAAAAACAUAAAAAGUGA